AUAUUUUUUGGUAGAUGUGGGCACGCUAAUCGAUAAACGAUAGCACACCUGCUCAUAGCCUGACAACUCUGCCCCUGCCUCUUGCUCGUUUGUAAUUGUAUAUUGUAUAUAUAUACAUAUAUAUUCAUACAUAUAUAUGUCCGAGUCCGAGUGUGGAAUUAUCAUUUUUUUGUUGCCGAAAAACAGUGUUCCGUGGAGAGAGCUGGCGGCAUCCUAAAUGGCAUUGCACCAUCGCCGGGAGCGAGCCGAGCGACGAAUACCAACGAAUACCAGCGUCCCGUAUCCAAGAUUCUGUGUCUAGCUCCCCGAUUCUCGAUUUCCAGCUCGCGACUCCUGAGGCGGCUUUCCAGUUCCGGCCGCCAGAUCAGCCAGAGCGGCCAGAUCCACCAUGUGCGAGGUGUGCGCGGACUUCCAGAAUCUCCUCGAACUAUACGAGGUGCGCGUGGCCAGCUCGGAGCUUAAGUUCCAGUUGCUGCUGAAGAGCGAGAUCGAGACAAGCUUCAACUACAUCCAGUCGUGGCCGCAGCGCCAGUGCAUGUGCCUCUAUCGGGACACAAAAAACUAUGACCGCUUCAACCUGGUGGUGCAGUCGCUUAUUUGCCUUACGGUGCAGCAUUUGAAACACAUCGACCAGCUCAUCGAUAACUACAAGCGGUUGACUGCGAGCGCCGCUCAAGUGGUGGCCCAGGCGCAAGCCCAGCAAAGGGAGCAGCGGGAUCAACAUCGGGAGGAGCCAUCGGACAACCCAGUGGACGGCAAAGACUCUGCUCCUUCGAGCGAUGAGAAUAAGAGGGAGGAGCAUGGUGAUAGCGCCGCCGCUGGCGAUGGGCCGGCGAAAAAGGUCGGUCCCAGCACUCCCCCACCUCCGCCACCACCGCCGCCAUCUGUUCAGCACAAAACCCACCUGCAGUACACUGAGGAGCCCUGGAUCCUGCCCGAAGUGGAGAAGCUAUUGGUGCUUGUUUCAAAGGUGUUCUUGCUCAACUUCCCGCUGUACAUCGCUCACAAGCACGGCAUGCACUCGCGUCUGGACGAUUUGCAAGCAGAAGAGGCCCAUCACCUGGCCCUCAUUUGCGACCUGCACGACAACGACCUGCCCAUUUACCUUCUCCGGAACGUGAGCCUCUUCUGUAACUCCGGUGGGUUCGGUGCAAUGUCGCUGUGCUUCGAGCACCCGGACCUACCGGUGUCCACGGCUCACUCUAUGACUGCUGCUGUCUCGAACGUGAAGCUCUGGCUCAACUAUCACUGCAACACGCAGCUGUUCGUACCGCUGCGCAGCCGCAUUCUGCAGUAUAUGUGCAAGCUCUCGGACCAGAGUCUGCGCUCAGCCGCCACGCGGGCCAUGGCCGAUUUUGUGUGGUCCUCGAUGCGGGAUCCCCUGGACGUGGCUGUCAACUUUGACACCGAGGGUCUGGCUCUGGCCUUCAAGUACUUCACGUCUACAACUCUUACGAUGCGGCUGGCAGGUAUGGCUCAAAUAAAUGCACACAUCAACUUGUUCAACGAAAUCUGCACCACGGAGACGGUAAAUGAGGUGGAACUCUUCGGUCAAAGGAUUGCCAAUUGGCUGACAGAGAACCACAUUGUGCAGCAUCUCUUUGGGCCGAACCUUCACGUGGAAAUCGUGAAGCAAGCUCAUGUGCUACUAAACUUCCUGGCGGUCGAAAACCAGAUCUCCGAGGAAGACAUCAAGCUCAUCUGGCAGGCUACCCAGCUCAAGCACUGCUCGAAGACAAUCUUUGACAUUCUUCCGUCGCUGGUUAAGAACCUGGCGCCUCGUCCUGCGAUGCAUCUCUACUCGCUUCUCUGCCGCAUGGACCCCAAGGAUCACACCGAACAGAGCAUUUACAUUGCAUCUGCACUGACCAAGUUGCUUUGGACCCGGGACUGUUCCCGCAGCCAAAUGAACCUCAUGCAGGACCACUUGCUGGGUUCGAAUGUCACAGCUUCCAGUUCGGACAGCGGCAGCAUUGAGGGCAGCAACACGGAGGACGACCAUGUGGGUGCCGACGAUAGCAGCAUCGCCAGCGGAGGAGCUGGUGGAGGUGCAGGCCACAAAAGCCCCAUUGACGGAGUCACUCCCUGCAAGCAGGCAAGGCACCGACGACACAUCUGCGACCCAACCACCGAGAAGGGAAAGCAACUGAGCCCUGAUGAUAUGGCAAAAGUUGAUAUAGUAAACAACCGCAUCGUUAACAUCAUUGACAAUACGAGCAGUGAGGAGGAGCUGCAAUCGCGGGCCGCCUUGGAGCUGCAACUACAUCGAAGUCGGAAGAAAACCACGAACAAACGGCGUCGCCAAAAGGCCAGCAAACAGAUUCUUCUGCCCCACGAGCUGGUGGAGAUCUGGGACGGAGCCGAGGACGUUCCCAGCAGCGACGAUGCGGACGCCGACGGUGAUGGCGAUGGAGAUGCUGAAGGCGAAGGCGAGCUGUUGGCGGAUAGCGACGAGUGCAGCGAUGGAGCAACCAGUCAGCUUGUACCCGCUGCUGUUCUCAAGCACCUCCAGGGCGAGGGGCCCUACAUCCGGGCCAUCGAAACAAAUAUCAGUGAGUUGCUUAGCGGAGCCGAGAACGACGGCAGUUAUUCUUCGCCGAUGAGCAACAAGUCGGAGAAAAACCUGGCUGAUUUCGAUGACGAGGAUGUGUCGCCCUGCGAAGAGGAACUGGCACAAUUGGUCAGCUCCCGGGCUAACUGCCGUGAAGUUCCGCCGGCCUUCGCCGCCGCUGCCGCCGCCAUGAUGGUGGCCCAGUCGGCGAUGGCCAUGCAGAAAUCAGGAGAGAGUAAUGUUGCCGCAGCAGCUGCUGCUGUAGCGGCCGCCGCUGCUGCCACUGGAAAUGCCCAGCAACAGCUGGUGGCCAUGAAUCGACAAGCAACUGCUGCCGCUGCAGCUGCUGCGGCGGCCAAAGCCAAGUCGGAUUCGGAUGUGGAUCUCUUAGAGGUGGCAACCGCCAGCAAGCAGCAUCACUCGCCCAAGGCGAGUCAAGGCAACUCUGUUGGUCCUGCCUCCAUGCAGCCCUCCUUCAAGCUGAACGACGUCUGUCAGCCGGGAAAUACGUUGCUAUGGGAUCUCCUCCAGGACGAUAAGAUUGGUCAACUGGGUGAGUCUCUAGCUCUGGAGGCGGAAAAGGCCUUGGCCACCCUGCUCUGCUUCAGCAUGGACCGCCAGUUGAGGACGAAGUUCAUCGAAGGGUGCUUGUAUAAUGUGGCCAACAACCGAAGCGUCAUUGUGAGCCUGCGGCUGCUGCCAAAGCUGUUCGCAUCGUUCCAGCAAUUUCGCCCAUCGGACACCCAUUCCAUGACCCUAUGGGCAGAGCGCAACCACCGGAUGAUGCACUGCUUCUUCAACAACAUUCGCUACUAUGCCCGGCGACAUGCCGAGCAGCUGAUAACUCAGAACGGAGACCAACAGCAACAGCAACAGUACCAGCUCUAUACGCACAAGACUCAGGUCUCCGUACGGCUGCAGUUUCUUUCUUCGAUCUUCUCAACGGUUGGCUCGCCAAAGAGUUUCCGCCUCACGCUCGAACAGCUGGACUCUCUGUGGGAGUGGCUGGCCCACGAUCCGGAGUGCGCCGACUGCUACUUCUCGUGGCUUCAGGCCCAGGCCAAGGGGGGCGACCAGCACGCUCUCGGAAUUGAUGCGCUUCAGCAUUUGUAUCUUAAGAAACUCCCGGAGCUGCGACCGGAGGAGUUCUCUAUGGUUGCGCUGGGGCUGUUCCAGCAGCUCUGCAGUUUCGCUCGCAUUGCCAUGGCCGAGUACGACAAGCAUAGCGAUCAGAUCUCGUCCAGUGCCAGCGCCGUGGGAAUGUAUCACUUGUGGAAAAUAGCCCUGCGUGCCCAGAGUAACGAAGUGUCGCUCGCGGCCAUCCAGUACAUCAAUAUGUACUACAUGGGUCAGCAGCUGCGGUUGGAAAAGGAGUUUGUCUCCCAGUGCAUGGACAACCUGGUCCAGGCGGCCACGGCCCUGGAAAGCAUUGAUGACGAAAACGCCCUCAUGCGAGUACAGCGUGGACUUCUGCUGCUGAAUACCCACCUGGACACUUUCCGGCGUCGCUAUGCCUUCCACUUGCGCCGCUGGGCUAUUGAGGGGAAGGGAAUCGGUUCGCACAGUAACCUUAAGAACGAAGGAGCAGGACCUCCGCUGCGGAUCGUUCUCCAACAGGCAGGGCUGUCUGAGAAAAGUCUGCUGCAGAUGCACGCCUGCGAUCUGAUUGCGGACCUUAAGGCGGAAGUGUCCAAGUGGUGGGAAAGCCUACAGACUGGAUUGGCCGCUCCGGUGCUGGGCCUGCUCCUCAGCGACGGUCCCCUGCGCAUCAUUACCCAGGGACAGGAGCUGACCUCGGAUUAUGACGAGCGAAGUCUGGGCGAUGCCGGAUUCAAGGAUAAUCAGAUCGUAUACGUGUCGCUGGGAGGCAGGGGAGCCCGCAGAAAGGAAUCCAACCUGGAACACCCGUCCAUGCUGCCACCCCCGCCCAAGGAGUGCCUGCCCACGGUGCUCCUGCUGCAGCCCAAGUACUUCGAAAAGCUCUUCUGCUUGAUGCAGACCCUGGGAGACAUGAAGCCGCAAGCUACGGCCACGAAUCUCCAGCACCAUACCAAGGCGCAACUGCUGUCGCGUCGAGUGUGGGACAUCCUGGCUAUGCUGCCCACCAAUCCGCACAUACUGGAUGCCUUUAAGAGCUUGGUGACGGACCUCGCUGAAGUGGAGCACCUUGACGCCACUGGCGAAGAGGAGCAGCUGGCCGCUAAGCGGAAGCAGAUAAAGCAGAAGUUCCGGGAUCUGCUGGACCCUAACAACCUUCAGAAGUUCAUGUAUUCGCUGCACAUUGUGGAGAGCCUGGCCUUGAGUUCCGGCUCCAGGCGCCUCGAAUCCAAUGGUAAUCAGGAACAGAUACGAAUCAAGAAAUCCUCUGUGGGCCGCAGGCGUAACAGCAACGAACCCCCUACUCUAGAAGCCAAACAAGGCAAAGAGCAGUUGUGCGAGUUGGAAGCCCCUCUGACGCCCACACCGAAUCCAGGCCAGCAGGAUGGGGAGACGGAGGCCAGUAGCAGCAGUGGAGGGGACAAGGAGAACCAGCCCAAGCAGCACAGCAAGCGGCAAAAGAAAAGCGACGCCCUGGAGCACGAAAAGGAGCGUCCACUAGGCUGCUCCACUCCCCCUUCGCCGGCUCCUCCUCUGGCCGCUCUCUCCGGAAUAGAUCGGACCGAAAACAAGUGGAGCGAGGCAUUUGUCAAGUGCGGUGGCCUGCGGCAUCUCUACGAGAUCUUCAGCGGCGGGCAGCUGCAGCAAAGUGCUCAUCCCAAGGAGCUAGCAUUGAACGAGUGGCGGCAUGACUGCCUGGCCAGCUUGCUGAGAAUCCUGUGGCUGCUGGGCUUCGAAGAGCUGCAGUCGCCAGAUGUUCAUGUGCUAAUGUCGCGUCCACAUCCGUUCAUGCUGCAGCUGAUGGAGGUGCCCCAGUGCUUGGUUCGUCUCUCCUCGAUCCUAAACGAUGAAGUGCAUCAGCAGCAACAGGCGGUGAGCUCGGCCAGCUCGCUGGUCUUCCCCUAUCAAUUCCACCAGCUGCGCACAGGAUUCUGGGGACGCUCCCAGCUCAUCCAGUUCGCUAUGAAUAUCCUGGUGAGUUUUGUGCACGCGUCGGCGGAGGCUAGGAGGCUUCUCUGGGCGCAGUCGGACACGGACCACUGCCGUUGGCUUCAAAAGUUUAUCCUCGAGGACCCGGAGCCGGCGGUACGACGGGAAAUCUGCGCGGGGCUCUACCGCAUAUGCUUGGGAAACGCACACAGCUACCGGCUGCUGCUCGCUCCACUGCUGCACAAGUUGAUAGCCUUGUUGCCAUUGGCCGAGCAGAUGAGCUCCGCCACCCAGCACACGCAGUUCCUGCUUUCCGAAGAAGGCAAGGAGCCGUACGGACCCGCCUGCCGUGACUACUUCUGGCUGUUAGCCCGUUUGGUGGACACUCUCUCGCCGGAGAUGGUGGCCGAGGAACAUAUCGAUAUUGAAGUGCUGUGCGAGAGCAUUUCACAGAGCAUCCUUACCCGGGAAUACUUGGAGCUGCGCCACGGAUUCCAGGACGACGGCUUAGUUGGUCUCCUGAACCUCAUGUCCAAUCUCAUCAAGUACGACACCACCUUCAAGUUCACUCCCAAAGCGCUGUCCUUUAUCGAGCAGUUGAUUGGCUUCCUGUUCGAUAUGCCAUCCCCGGCGGACCGACAGAAGCCAAAGUGCAAGUCUGGCACCUCCAGAGCUGCUGCCUAUGAUCUUCUGGUGGAGCUGUGCCGCGGAUGUGCCACGAAUUACGCAUAUCUCCAUGGCAGACUACUAGCGCAGCACAAAUCCGGACCCAAGCAGCCGUAUCCAUGGGACUACUGGCCCAGGGAUGAGGGAAGAUCCGAGUGCGGUUAUGUUGGACUCACAAAUUUGGGCGCCACUUGCUACAUGGCCUCCUGUAUUCAACACCUGUACAUGAUGCCUCAGGCGCGGGCAGCGGUACUAAGAAUUCCGCCGGCUGGGGCCCAGAAGCAUGCACCCACGCUCUUGGAGCUGCAAAGGAUGUUCGCAUAUCUGCUGGAAUCCGAACGGAAAGCCUACAAUCCUCGCAGCUUUUGCCGAGUUUAUCAGAUGGAUCACCAGCCUCUGAACACCGGCGAACAAAAGGACAUGGCUGAGUUCUUCAUUGAUCUGGUGUCGAAGCUGGAAGAGAUGACACCUGAUCUGAAGCACCUGGUGAAGAGGCUUUUCUGCGGCACUUUGAGCAACAACGUGGUUUCCUUGGAUUGUGGCCACGUUUCCCGCACAGCCGAAGAGUUCUACACGGUUCGUUGCCAGGUUGCGGAUAUGAGAAACCUCCAGGAGUCCCUGGACGAAGUCACCGUUAAGGACACCCUCGAGGGAGACAACAUGUACACGUGCUCGCAGUGCGGAAAAAAGGUCCGCGCCGAAAAACGAGCCUGCUUCAAGAAGCUUCCGCAGAUCCUGUGCUUUAAUACGAUGCGCUACACCUUCAACAUGGUGACAAUGCUGAAGGAGAAGGUCAACACGCACUUCUCCUUUCCCCUGCGCCUCAACAUGUGCCACUAUGUUGAGAAGACGCUCAUGCCGCAACAGUACAAGGAGGAUCGGGAGAAGCGUCAGCGGGAAAAGGAAAGUGAAAGAGCCGAGUCCGGCAGCGAUGAGAAUGCCAACGAAAAGGCGGAAGCCACUCUGGACGCCGACAUCGAAGAGUGCUAUGAGUACGAGCUUGUCGGUGUCACCGUGCACACGGGCACUGCUGAUGGUGGUCAUUACUACAGUUUUAUAAAGGAGCGCACGAAGACCAGCUACCAUCCGCACGAGCGAUGGUUCCUGUUCAACGAUGCCGAGGUGAAGCCCUUCGAUCCCUCCCAGAUAGCGGCCGAAUGCUUCGGUGGCGAGAUGACGAGUAAAACCUACGACUCGGUGACAGAGAAGUACUUGGACUUUAGUUUCGAGAAGACAAACUCCGCCUACAUGCUGUUCUAUGAGCGUCGCCUGCCUGAGCAUCUCCAACGCCGCCACUCCGAGCUGCUGGUCACCCCAACGCCCAGCCCAACCAUAGAGGAGAAGUCUGAGCCGGAGGAAGCCACCAAAAUGGAAACAAGCACUGAAAGUAAGGCGGAUGUGGAUGUGGAAGGGGAUGGAGAUGAGAAGGUAGUGGAGAAGCAGCCAGUGAAGGACGAAAGGCAGCAAACAGAUGUCGGUGAAAAGGAAGUCGCCGAGUCCAAGCCGGUGGAAAUGGAGGUAGAGAGGAAAGAGGAUCCUGCGCCGUCGACGCAAGGCCCAGAUAAAUGCGAAGCUGGGAAUCGGCUAGUUGAGUCAACGAACGAGAAGGAAAAGAAGGAGGUGGAACCCCAAACAGCCAAUUGUGAUAACCAUAAGCCAAGAACCAAUAGCCAGAAUAGAGCGAGGAACGAUUCCCAGCCCUCCACGUCGAAGGCAGCCCAGAAGUUGCUACUAUUUCGUCCAUUGUUGAACAAGGAGCUGGAGGAUUGGAUCUGGCAGGACAACAGGCAGUUCCUGCAAGAUCGCAACAUCUUCGAGCACACUUAUUUCAAUUUUAUGUGGCAGAUCUGUGGCCACAUACCACAGUCCCUGAUCUCGGAAACGGACGUGACCUGCAUGGCAGCCAAAUUGUCGGUAUCAUUCUUCAUUGAGACCUUUAUUCAUGCCAAGGAGAAGCCCACCAUGGUGCCCUGGGUGGAGCUGCUGACGAAGCAGUUUAAUGCCAGCCAGGAGGCCUGCGAGUGGUUCUUGUCGCACAUGUCCUUGGAGCCCUUCUGGCCCGUCCAGGUGCUUAUUCAGUGUCCCAAUCAGAUGGUGCGGCAGAUGUUCCAGCGCUUAGUCAUUCAUGUCAUCCAGCGACUUCGUGCCUCCCAUGCGGAUCUGUAUUUGGACGUUGAAACGGACGAGAACGACAAGGAGCUAAUUGGCCAGGCAUCGUGCGUCACCCGGUUCAUCGGGUCGCUUAUUUCGUUGCUGGAACAUGGAGCACGAUCGCACCUCCGCCAUUUGUCCGAGUACUUUGGUCUUUUGUGUGAGUUCUCGCGCAUGGGAGACGAGGAGGCCAUGUUCCUGCUGCGAAUCGGGAUUCUUAAGAGCCUGGUAGACUUCUACUUGGGUCACAAGCAAUCGGACAGCAUCGACAUUAGCUCGGACAACGAAGACAACUCGUCGGAUGAGGCCCUGUCGGUGGAGAAGAUGCGUCCUGCCUCAUUGGACAAGAUGAUCGCGCUGUGCGCCAGCUUGGUGGAACGAUCCCGGGGCCCGGACUUCCGGCUAAGGCUGUCGCCGAAAGAUUUUAACGCGAUUGCCGGCGGCAAGGGGUUUCCAUUUUUGUACCAACAAAUAAAGGACGGCAUUAAUCCGCACCAGACCAAGCAUUUAAUCCACGCCCUCUGCCGUUGGGAUGAGCGCCUGGCCACCCAGAUCAUCGGCAUGCUCUUCGCCUCGGUUACCAAGCACACCGAGUUGUGUGCCCCUUUCUUCAAACUGCUCACCCUGCUUACAGAGACGCAAGGCGGUCCGGUGGGCCUGCCCUGCUUCACCCAACUCAUCCUGCCGCGUAUGUGGGAUGCCGCCGAGUACUGCCCGCAGUCGGUGCUAGACUGGCUUUCCCUGCAGGCCACCAAGAACAAGAUCGCCCAUGCCUGGAUCCUCCAGUCCGCGGAACAAUGGCUCGAACAGUUCCUCCUUGCUCACGACAACACGCGAGUUAGAAAUGCUGCCGCCUUUCUGCUAGUGGCUCUUGUACCAUCCCAGCCCUUCAGGGCCAACUUUAGAGCCCACUCCCAGCACAAGCUUCUGGCUCUCAAUCCGCACAGCUAUCGGGACAUCAACAGUGAUGCCCAGACGGUCCUGCACCAGGUUAUUAACCUGCUUCUGCGCCUGCUGCGACCAGCCAGGGUCUAUGCAGACAUUGGAGCCCAUGGUACCACCAAGUUAACCGCCUAUUUCAACCUGCUCAGCUACUGUAUGGUUUCAAAGACUGAAAAACUAAUGAUAGGACCGUUCAUGCGCUCCUUGUGGGAGCUGUUCCAUCCCCGCCUCUCGGAGCCAAGUGUUCCGGCCCAUCACAACAAGCACGCCCUUCUGACAUUCUGGCAUCAUUCUCUUGUGGACUGUCCGGAGAAUGCUGCCCAAGUUGCCAACUGUCCGGAAAUCACGCGCAAUAUUGCAUUUAACUAUAUUCUGGCCGACCAUGACGACGCGGAGAUAGUCACCUACAACCGAUCUAUGCUGCCCGCCUACUACGGACUACUGCGAUUGUGCUGCGAGCAGAGCCGAGCUUUGACGCGUCAGUUAUCCCAGCAUCAGAACCUGCAGUGGGCCUUCAAAAAUAUCACUCCACACCCCACCCAAUACGCGUCAGCGGUGGACGAGCUCUUCAAGUUGAUGGCUCUGUUUGCCACUCGUCAUCCGGAUGCCAGUGAGCAGGAGAAGCUCGAUGUCACCCAAUUCCGCAGAGCAGUAAUUGUGGCGUACACCAGCAGCUUGGAUGCUCGAGUUUCCUGGUCAACACUGAUCAAUGCUCUCAAGAUUCUUGUGGACAACGAGGAGGACCGAAUGUUGGUGAUCUUUAAUGGCGGCAUCGAAAUGUGCUUCGAGGCACUGCACACGCUGCAUUCCAUGCACCAUGAGGCUACCGCCUGCCAUGUGGCCGGCGACCUCUUUGACCUGCUGGGCGAAAUGCUGUUGCUUCUUGCAACGCUCCGCACUCGCACCGAUAGUCCUGCCCAGAAGAAGCAACAGCAGCAGCAGCUGGAACAUCAGUUGCAGUUGCAACAGCAACAGAUGCUGCAAAAACAACAGCAGCAGGCACAGUCGCAGUCCCAGGCCCCGCAGACGCCACAGCAGAAGGAGAAGCAGUUGCAGCAACAGAUGCAGCAGCACCUGCAACUGCAACAGUUGCAGCAGAUGCAGCUCCAGCAGCAGCAUUUCCUGCGCCAGCAACACCAGCACUCCGCCUUGGCCAAGGCUUUGCCGGACGCAAUCAAGCGGCUGGCGACACUCUUAAACACAUUCAACUCGCCAGAGAUAAGUCGCAUGGCGCUGGAAGUCCUGAAGGAGCUGGUGCGCAACACCAGUCUAGAAGCCACCAGCAUUUUGGCACCCAUUCUGAUCAAUUGUCAUCUUUCUGUCGCGAACGCUCCCAAUGCCAUUGGUCCCUUGGGACCCUAUUUUCCACGUCGCGGUGCAAAGCACUCGCCAUGGCCAUUGGGGGCUAAGAAUUCACCAAGACCACCGCGUCCGAUGGUCCAGAUGUGCAUAGCUUUGGGUGAGCUGACUCCACGUGGCUUGGAUGCGGAGUACGAUGCCCAGGUUGAGGCAUUCUAUAGGCCGUACCAUGACUUCAUCGACGUAAUGAUGCGGAUGUGCGUCAAUACGGGCACCUUGAAUGACACGCUGGUCAAACUGCACUGUUUGGUGGCCAUCGAGUCGACUCCACUGCACUUUAACUUCUUUCCUAAGUUUUGGGUGGGCAUUCACAACAAUGCCAUCACGCACAAAUACGUUGAGCUUCUUGUUAAGAACCAACUGCUGGUGGAAUACUUACACAAUGUUCUGCGGGACGAGCGCAGUAUGUUGAAGGAUGCAUGCGUACGCGAGUUCCUCGAACUGUACUACCACAAGGUGGCCUCUCAGCUCCCGGUAGCUCGCAUGAUCUACACGAUCAACUAUGGCAUGCACUCCAAGGACGACAUAGACGAGUUGUGUGGCGACCUGUUCGCUAUCCGUAUCAUUGCUCAAGCUACUGGAGUGCCGGCGUCAGUGCGAAAAGAACUUCGCGGAUCCCUAAGGGCUCUGCAAAAUAAGAGCGAGAGGUUCAGAAAAGAGGCGGAGCGAGAUCAAUUCCCUAAUAAAAAGCAGAAGCGUGAUCCCCUUAAAGAAAAGGAGCAUAUGCGAUCUGAGAGUGAAAGUUCAGAUAAACCGACAGAUGUAUCCAUGGAAGAACCCAGUGGCAGUCAGCCAGAUACAGAAGCCACCGUCAAGCCGCCCACGCCGGCCGGCAGCGAGGAUGAGCAGAUGGAAAAGACCUCAAUUCCUUCGUCUGACGACGAAACAGAGCUCGAGGACGAGCUGGAACCAACGCCCAAGCGCAAUAAGAAGGCGGCCAAGAAGACAGCACAGGAUCGCCUCAACGAAGAGCGCGAGAAGCGGCUGCUGACACUAAACACCAUGGAAUCUUAUAUUCAGAACAUUUUCGCUAUUCUGAAACGAGAUUUAAGUAUCCCCUGUGCCGGGUUGAGUAAAGAUGCCAGCGAGGAGACAUCAAGCGAGGCAUCGACAUCAGCUGGGGCAGCAUCAAAGGUAUUAGCUCGCCCGAAAGGUGCCUCCACUCCGCCAGAGCCCAUGCCUGAGGCGAGCGAUGCACGGGUCUCCAACAUGGAGACGGAAAAUGAGGCGACAGCAAAUGGAAGCCAGCCAGACGAGUCCCCGGCAUCGAAUAGUGGUGAUGCAUCAGUAAGGGCGCCUGCCCAGGUGUCCUCGGCAGCUGUUGCAUCCACGUCGCAGGCGACGAGUCCGACACAGAUUUAGUUGUCAUUCAACGAUUUGCUCAGCAUUUUGUUCUUCGGCAAGCCAUUGGACUGAUAGUGGGUUCCUGGGGCUGAGGAAGGCUGAGCUCCUAAUCUGUAAGAAUUUGUGGCCAAAGGUCAUUGUUAGGUACACUUAGGCAACCCAAGGUUGGUGCUAAUGGUUGACUUGGGGGGCAUAUCCACUCCCAAAUCCACACUCCACACACAGACAGACUAAUGAGCGAUACAAGCUAUAUGGCCUGAUUCCGAUUUCCCAUUCGGAGCUAAACGAAUUGCUGGAAGGGAAAUUGGGUCGAUGGGGCUGAUAGAUACUUAGUUAAGCUUAGCCUACCAGCAUCUUAAACAAGAAAGUAAACAUUAAAUAGCACUGUAACACAAUCCCAUUCAACAACAUACCCGACCGAUACAUACAUAUAUUCAAUAUAUAGCGAUAAAUGUAUUUAAUGUAAGACUUUCGAGCACGCAACCUCCCACAGACAAGCUACCGUAACAGAUCCCUUUCAAAAAUGGUUAAUUAAGAGAAAAGUUUAAACGAUCCAAUGGAGAAAUUUGUUAUGCCAAAAAGAGAAAGGAUGUGAAUUAGAGGCAGCAUUAUACUACAAAUUAUGUGUUUGUUUAAACAAGAGCAGUUGAAGAAGUCUCAUUCUUCAAUGAAACGGCUUACGAGACGCUAAUAUCUAUAUAUGUUGUAUUAGAAUCAUUAAGUAUCAUUUGUAAAAGGAUGCUAAGAUCACUUGCUUACUUAUUUUUCACGCCCAUAUUUCCUCCACGCCACCACGCCCCCACGCACCAUAAACGAUAUAUGUUAGAAGUGAACAGAUAUUAUUAUAUUAGAAACUAAAAAACCUUUUUAACUAUUGGAUGUGUUAAAAUAUGUCAUAAUCAUUUUCAAUGUAAAUUGCAUAACGCAGCCACCAAUCGAUCAGUUUUUAGUUCAAGUCCAAUAGGGAUACUAUGUAAUGUUUAGUGCUUAAGGAGUGUAGAGAGAGUUGUUGUCCCGCGGUGAAACACAACAGGACAAAAAUGAUAAAGUUAAAUAAAGUAACUGGCCAGCCCCCAGAAGGGUCGCGUAUAUUGAUAGUUAUAAGCACACACACAACACACCCACACACACCCUACAGUAAUGAUCGAAAACCACGGAAUGUAAUGUUGAAAAACAAAAUAAAUUAUAAACUCCAAAAAUAAAUUGCAACACACACAAAUCAUGAGAAUAAUAAGUUUAAAUGAUAUGUAAUUAAAAA